AAGUUGCCGUAUACUUUCAAACAUAAAGUACUGGUUCUUUCAGGUCUUACAGGAGUAGGAAAAACAAGACAUUCAGUAAUACUUUCGGAUUUGCUCAAUGGAGAGGUUAUUUCGGCUGAUUCUAAGCAGAGUCUCCACAGGAAAAGAGAACUAUGAGUUUUAUAGUAAAGUUCGUCAUCACUUACUAGAUUGCAAAGAUUUCGUAGAAAACUUUUCAGCUGGAGAGUUUAGCUUGAAAGGAAAUCUUAUUAUUCAAGAUAUUAUAAGUAGAGGAAAAGUACCUCUGGUCGUGGGUGGUACUCUCUUUUAUAUACGUACUCUUAUUGACGGAGUCAUGGGACCACCUUCUAACCACCAAGUUAAAGAAACUAUUAAAUGUAGACUUGCUGAGAAAACUUGGGAAGAAGCUUCUUUGGAAUUAAGAGAGGUAGAUCCAAUUUACACCUCAACCAUCAAUCGUAACGACUGGCUCCGAUUAAUAAGAGGUCUGGAAAUUUAUGAAACCACUGGGAAAACGCCAACACAACAUAAGCAUGAAAGGUUUAAAAGGGACGACUUUGAUUUUCGUUGUGUUUUUCUUGGCUGGGAGGAUCGCUUAAGUUAUUACCGUUUUCUGGACCGUCGCUGCCAGUCUAUGCUUAUGGAGGGCUUUUUAAAGGAGGUGCUGGACUUAUACUUGAAAUAUGACUGCAGCGACAUUCUCGAACAGCCCCGCUUUCGCCGACUGCAACCUCCUCUUGCCCGCAACGUCGCUUAUAUUUUAGGCUUCAAGCAGGCGUUGAAUUUCAUUGAGUCUUCCUUAAUCGAUAAGAAUUUGUUAUUUGAGCGUUUCGGCGAUGUCACUUCUUUGCUAGAAACUGUGAGACAGCCGUAUUAUAGUGCCUCUGCAGAGGAGCCUCUUUUUUUCAGCUGUUACUUGCCCUCAGAUUUCCAUCGUAAAAAUUUUAUAAUUUUUUUGAAUGAAUUUUGUGCUAAAAUGAGGCAGUUUUCAUCAUCUCAGCUUAAGUGGCUUCGAAGCAAUCCCGAUUUUUUGUGGGUCUCGUCUUCGUUCUAUGACAAAAAGCAAACUGAUCCAGAAGCAAUAGACACUAUUUACAAAUAUUUCCACGCCGAUCAAGUUUUUCAGCAGGAAAUGUUAAGCAGUCUUCGGCCAAACGGCAUUUCUGGUCCGAAGUGCCCGAAGACGUAUAAGACCGAUAACAUUCUCUUUAGCACGGAAACGAGGGUUAGGGCACGAGUGCCCACCAGUGUACGAUGUCCCGAAGGACUGGGAAAACUGGAGAUAUCCGACCCGGACCUCCCACCAUAUGGUCCAGUGCUGGUGAAAAACCGCCCAAGACCACUAGGAGACACUGCCAGCCAAACCUUCCUGACUACGGAGCUUCUACUCGAGGGGGCGGCCCCUCAGAUCUUAAAUUGUUAA